AUGGUCCGUGGAAAGACAGUGAUCGAGAAGAUCGAAAACAAGACAAGCCGACAGGUGACCUUCUCCAAGAGGAAGAGCGGAUUGUUCAAGAAGGGCAAGGAACUGGGCAUUCUCUGCGAUGCCCAGGUAGGGAUCUUCAUCUUCUCCAACACCGGACGCCUCUAUGAGUACUCCAAUUCCGGGAUGAAACCCUUAAUUGAAAGAUACCAGGCAGUUAAAGAUGGUCAAAAACUCCUGAGUGCAAGUGCCGAAGCUAAGUUUUGGCAAGCGGAAAGUGCUCGCCUGGAGCAGCAACUACGUAACUUGCAAGAGAAUCAUAGGCAGUUGCUAGGACAACAUCUAUCUGGUCUAUCUUUUGAAGACUUGAAGUGUUUACAAAAUCAGCUAGAAACGAGCUUGUAUAACAUUCGACUAACUAAGGACAAAUUUAUUGGCGAUGAAAUUCAAGAGUUAAACACGAAUGAAAGCCUCAUGCUCCAGGAAAAUAUAGAGCUACAUAGGAAAUUAAACAUCGUUCGUCAAGAGAAUACGGAAUUGCAAAACAAGGUGCACAUACUUGAUUACAAACAUUCUGCUUAA